AUAUGUUAUGAUUGCCCAUCACAACUCAUAUGGAAAAAUCUAUAAACGUCACUGGAUUGCUGCCAUGAUCGUUUUCUGUUGGGUAUUCUCGUACGGCAUGCAGUUGCCCACUUUAGUUGGAGCCUGGGGUACAUUUGGUUAUGAUCCCAAAUUGGGAACUUGUUCGAUUCGAGAAGACGACCAUGGACACAGUAUUUCGACAGACGUAAAACAAGAAUCUGUACAAAAACAACCAACCACCCGGAUCAAGGACCAGAGAGAGGUGCGCGCCAAACGCAAUGAAUGGCGCAUCACAAAGAUGGUGUUGGCCAUAUUUUUGAGUUUUGUUGUUUGUUAUUUGCCCAUAACAAUUGCUAAGGUGGCCGAUCAGGAUGUUGAGCACCCCAAUUUACACAUACUCAGUUAUAUUAUGCUGUACCUGUCGGCCUGCAUUAAUCCAAUUAUCUACGUGAUCAUGAACAAGCAGUAUCGUAAGGCGUACAAAACUGUGAUCAUGUGCGAACCGUCACGCCUAUUGCCCUUCGGCAAACAUGGCGCUGGUGCAAAUGGCGGUGGUGGCAGCAGUGCUGCAGAGAAAUGGAAAGAUACCGGGUUGAGCCACAACCACAGUCGCACUAUUGUCUCGCAAAUGUCGGCAGCGGACCCGCCAAAUACCAGUUGCAGCAGCUCCGCCCAAGUGCCAGCUAUGGAAUUGACACCAUCCCAAAGAAGCUCGGUGGCGAGCGACAAUACAGCAAAUAUGAUGGACUCAACAAUGACGGUGCCAACAUCGGUGUCAGUGCCAACAUCUAUCGAGAGCGUGAACAGGGCGACAGUGAAAAACGAGACGCCACAGUCCAUGGCUCCAGUGAGCCUUCAUCCGAUUGCAGACAUCCAAAACAACAACAACAGCAGCGGCAUACAACGCAAUGACAGCAAUACGGCACCACUACGGCCGAUCAAAGAGAUCAAUCGCAUAGCCCUAGUGGGCGGCGAUAUCAUUUUGGAGGAGGAGGAAGAGGACGAGGAGGAGGAGGCGGCGGAGACACAGGCAGCACAAGCACUGAAGGUGGCGACACCUGUUCCCCAUACGGAGCCAUUGGUUACGACUGUGGUGCCGCUGCAGGCAGCAACAACAUCAAGUCCAACCAUCACAACACGGCCCGCUCCAGUGUACGUGAACGCGAGUGUGUUGCACCAGAAGAAAAACCCAUCUUACGGUCAGAACAUAAACGUCAUUCCAGAUAAUAAGAACUCCAAUAAGCAAUUGCUCAAACUCUGA